GGUGGAUAUUAUACGAGCACCUUUUCUUAUUCCAAAAAAAAAGUAUACGUUUUUUUUUAAAAAAAAAUGAGUUUGUUAGCUUCGAGGUAUUUAAGACGAACCUUUGGUUUGUCACGAUCUACCCCAAUUGUACGUAAUUUUACUGCUUCCGGACCAGUCAAAGAUAUCAUUCAGGAUUUAUACGUUAAAGAAAUAAAGGCUUAUCAACCUCCUUCAGCGGCAGCUGGUUCAGAAGUUGGCCAAGUGAAAAAAUUAAGUUUAUCCACCUCUGAGCCACCAAAAAUAGAUGCAGAUGUCUCUUCAGAAUUGACGGCUUAUGAAACUGAAGAAAUUCCGCCACCUGAAAAAAUUCUUGCAGCUCAAUCUCUCGAAAAACAAAUAUUCACUGAAAAAGAAAAUGUUCAUGCUCAUUAAAUUAUAAUGUAAUAUUUUCAAAUCAAAUAUAAAAACUUUUUGAUAACGAUGUUUAUCAUUUUUGGACUCGCUUAAUGAAAAAUAAGAAACUUUUUGAUAUAAUUUUAUAAAUUAAAUUAUAUUUAUAUAUUUCCAUUUAUUAACCUCCUUUUGCAACCACUUUUUUAAGUUCUUCAAUUUGUUUUUGAUAUUCUUCCGCACGUAUAUGUCUUUUCUUCAAUAAUGAUAAUAAGAAUUUUACUCGAUGUUCUACAGGUUCAGGUACAUGUCCACUACCAAAUAGCCAUUUACCAUCUGUUUUAACAAAUAAUGAUCCCAAUUUUUCAAGUUCAUCUUCAAACUUUUUAAUUUUGUUAUUCUCUAUUG